AUGGUCGCGGAGGGCCCAAAGACAGGUGUGGUGGAAAGCUUCUACGACUUCUUUGCGCAGCUGUACUCAAGCAGCUUCACGGCGAACCAGCCCUGGCCCUCCUCAUUCCUGGGCAGCUCGGCUCUAGAAGGUCCCGUGCCGCGGGGAGACGACCGGGGCCUGGAGAACCAGCCGCCUUGGGAGGCUCCCAACCGCAAGGCCGAGCGUGGCCAGUCUCCCCAACCUCGCGGCUCCCUGGUACCUGGCAACGAGAGGUGUCCCAAGCCACAUCCGCUGGAGUAUGGCUGGCCUGAGGAUGAGUUCCACACACCGAUGAAGCCGCCCAAGGUGACUUCGCCUUCUCCCCACGGCUUCCCAGACCCCAUGGAGCCGAGCGCACGUGGCCGUGAGCCGCAAGCGGCCCGUGAGCUGCAAGCGGCCCGGGAGCCACGGGAGCCCCGAGAGUCCCAGCACGACAGAGAGAGGGAGGCCAAGGAAUGGAUGCGACAGCGGGAGCGUGAGUGCCAGGAGUCAGAGAUGAAGUUCAAAGAGGCGCCACGAUCCCGGCGCGAAGAGGCGAGCCAGGAGCCGCGGCGCAAGGAGCGCAAGGAGCGCAGGGAGCGCAAGGAGGGCGAAGAGCCGUACAAGGCGGAGCCCGAGGAUCUGAUCGACCAGCACGUGGCGUACUUCCUUCGGAAGAAUCCACAGGUGCGGCCGCGCCACAAGAUUCAGCGGCGGAGCCCGGGAGUGUACCUGCUGGACUCUCGGGAUGUGCAGAUCGAGUGGCAGUAUGCCACGGAGCCAGGCGGACAGGGAUUCCUGGUGGUGGUUGACGGUCCGCUGCGGCAGCCGUUCAGUGACUACAUGAUGGACACGGAGGAGAAUGCGACCUACGAUGGCCAAGACAUUGUCCAGAGCAAUCUGCACCUUAUCGCGCGGGACCGGCGCAUCUCCUUCAAUGACACGCACAAGGUGUACAACCGCUUGGAAGCCAUGAAAGUGGCGAAGGAGCAAGCGCUGGUUCGAGAGAAGGCUGCAAGCUAUGUCAAGGAUGGCCGCGACGUGCCACAGGAUCUGAUGGCGCGCUACAAGAAGCCCCCCGACGACAAGGGGGAAGCUGCAUGA